CAGCAGUUAAAAUCCAGCAAUCUUUGCUAAGUUAGCUGGGCUAAUAUUCCCUGUCAGCUGCCAUAUAUCUAUUGUUUUACAUUUACCAUUGGUUACAACGCAACACAAAGAAGUUCAUUAUUUUGUAAUAUAUUUACACGGUAUUAUAUUAAGUAUGUGAGGUAUUUAUGCAUCUCCAAAUUAGUGAAAUUUUUGUGUAAUAAUUAAUGCACUUUCAUAUUUUUAACAUUUUCGUAAAUUCUACUGCAUUACGAAAUCAUGAACCCUAAUAAUACGGAGCAAGGACGACUCGCAGCUUUGAGACGUCUCCAAAAUCAGUAUGAUCGUGAUGCAGAGGAGAAGGCGAAGAAACAGAAAGUGAUUGAUGAGCGAAAAAGGAAAGAGCGAUUGGCUCAACUUGAAGAAAUGACCAAACAAAUGGCAAUGAGUGGUGAUGGGCAUCGACUCGGUACCGUGGACGAACAAGGGCGUCGUGGAGAGCUUGGAAUCCAAAAUCCUCGUCCAGUCGUUGGUGAUGAUAAUCCUAUGGCUCGGCCAACUCAUAGUCAAGCUGCAGGACAAGUUUUGGGAGGAUCGCGACCUGGCAGUGGUUCUGGGCGCUUGGGGGCGAUAAAUCGUCUGCAACGAGAGUACAAUAAGGAUGCAAAGUCAAAAGAAGAACAAGUGAAGGCAGUGAGUGAUUGAUUGAUGGUAGACGAAUAGAGGCAACAAAAGUGACUGGAUGUAAGUAAGAAAAUCGGAGUAUUUAUAAUAUCAAUGCAAUACUAAUAGUAAUCUUGUGGAAAAUUAGUAUUAUCAAAGAAUGAAUUUUAUAAAUAAUUACUAGCUAUUAUUUGUUUACUACUUAAGUAUAAGUAACUGUCUCGAAUAACAUUUUAAACUAAAUAUGACAUAAAAUUUACAUGCACUUAAAUAAGCAGUUCUAUGAAUUUUAUAUAUUUACUAUUUUGGAUUCUACAUGCAAAUAUGCAAAAUUGGUCAGAAAUCCUGCAAUAUUAAUUAGUAAAAUAUCAGUGCACAUUUCAGUACGCUUAGUAAAUUACUUACUUAUUCAAGAGUCAGGUCAUUUCUCAUAAAGUUACCGAUUGUUUAAUUAAAAUACAUGUCUUGUUAAAUUGCAAAUUAAGUAACCGUUUUUAAUAAAAAUCCUGACUAACUUA